AUGUCCUACACCCCGCAGCCGUACUCCAUCCCAUCCAUUGCCUACUCUUCGACCCCGCCGGCACCACCGCCCAAGCCCUCAACUCCCGCAAGAGGCCCUCCUCUGCCACCACCUCCGCCGGGCCAGGCACAGAGUGAACCUUCGGAACUAGACGGCGGCCAGGCAUACUACCAGCACCAUCAAGCACCUCCUCGACCUUCCCUGCCACCCAUAGAAAGCAACUGGCUCCCCGAAUCUCUCAAGGACAAAUCCACCCAAGAUCUCCACCACUUCCUCUCAACCCCCUCUCUCCAGACCGCCUUCAUCUCCAACCCUCAGACAACACACCCCGCGGUUCCUGCAUCCGAAGCAGCCCUGACUGCUCUCAUCAACUCCAACCUCUCCCUCGCCAACUCAACGUUGGAGCUCGAGGCCCGUCUCACGGCGCUUCGUGAAAGGACACAGUCUCGUCUGUUGGCUCUCCGGGCGUUGGAACAGCAGCACAGGACCAAGAUUACCGAGACUGAAGACGCAUUGAGAGACUUCAGUCCCAUGGCCCUAUAUCAGAGACUCAACUCCAGCGUGCAGGAGCAGGACCUGCUGGUGCGAGGAACAGAGGAGAGUUGGCUAGAAGAUGAAGGCAUAGCAACGGAAAGGGAGGUCAGUGAGUUCGUGAGAAGGGUCAAGGAUGUAAGGAAGGUGGCUUUCUUGCGACGGGAGCGAAAGGGACGCUGGGACGAGGGUCGGGUGGGAGGAUGGCGAUGA